ACGAUUUACGUAGUUCACUAACACGAAGUAUUUAUAGUACUUCUCCAUGUGGGUCUAAACCUAAUCCAAUAUGACAAAGGAAACGGUUACAGACCAGGCCCAGAACCCGAACCCAAAUAACAUUGAGCCCAUACACCGUGGGCCGGGGGCGUUGCCCCCGCACCCCCACCGGGGCGUUGCCCCUGGACCCCCGAUUACCAGUCGUAGCGGCUGAUAGUCCGAUUCAAGUCACAUCAACAAAGGGUUUAGGGUUCAGGGUUCACUUAGGGUUUAGGGUUUGAAACACAUGGUUCGUGUAGCACUUUGCCCACAUUGUCUGAUGGUUAGUGAUGAUUCAUGGAUGCGUGUACGCAUUAUAUGUCGAGGAUAGGCUUUCCCGAUGAUUUUCCGACGACUUUUCCGGCGAGCGUUGAAUUUUUCUGAUUCAAUACGUUCUCUGAAAGUUGGAUAUGUUGUAGAUUGUGAAACUCCUUAACCAAAGAUGUAUAUAUAUACAUUUUUUUUCAUCGAUGAUUUUCCGGCGACUUUUCCGGCGACGUUGAAUUUUUCUGAUUAAAUACGUUCUCUGAAAGUUGGAUAUGUUGUAGAUUGUGAAACUCCUUAACCAAAGAUGCAUAUAUAUACUUUUUUUUUUUUUGGUUGGCGGCAAAUAGCAAUUUGGUUGGCGGCAAAUAGCAAGCCCCAUAAUAUAUACACAUUAAAACUCAUCUCUUCCUAUUCUCUAUGUUCUCAAAAUUCAUGUACCACUCUUAUAAAUACUCAUAAGUCCAUCGAUGAAAUCAAUCUUUUUUUUUUCUUCUAACAAUCUAUACAUUGUAUAAGAAGAAAAAUCAAUCAAAUUUUUUUCCCUAACAAUCAUAUACUUCAAAAAAAAUUGCUUUAGUUUCUUCUUUUCAAUUGCCUCCUUGCAAUAAUUGUCUUGUCAACAAAACACACAAACUAUACUCUUAUAUUUCUUCUAUUACUAAUACUCGUCUUUCUUUAUCUUAUACUUCAACUUUCGGUCUCCUUGUCCUUAUAUUAAUAAUUUCUCUUAUUUUAUUAUUAUUGUCGAUCAUUUUACUCAAUAUUCUUGGUUCUUCCACGUCAUCGAAUAUCUUCUAUGUUCUAGGGUUCUCAAAAAUUCCAACACAAGGUGGAUGUUACUUCCAAACCACUAUUCAUCGCAUCUGCACCGACCACUAGCACAAAUUUUAAGCUCCGCACCAUCUCUUUGAUCUCACUGGCGUUCCCAUCUUUAAACUCCCUCCUCUCACUUCCCAAAGUCAAUGCCCUGGCAGGACUAAAAAUCAUCGUCACAUUGUUGAAACGAGUCUCACUCUUCUUCAUCAAGCCUCUUCCUCCAAGUUCUGCUCCUUCUUUCUCCGCAACCAUAUUCCUCAUCAAUUGUCUAACCUCUCACAACUUGGUAAAAAGAAUCCUUUUUCUCCCCAUUCUCUUCGAUGAAUCUCCCAAUUAUACUAACUUUGUGCCUAUAUGAUGACUGAUUUAUACUCUCUCCUACAUAAGUACAUUCUGGAUAUCGUACAUCCUAUUCGAUACUUCCUCGAUAUGGAAAUCAUUUUUACACCCUCAAGUUAUAUUCUUUUUAUACAUAUAAGAGUGAUAUACGUUUUUACUUUUUUAUGGUUACGUACAAUUUAAGAAAUUCAAAUCUCGAACAUCCAUUUUCAAAAUUAGCGAUACUAUCGCUAGACCAAGCCCGUCUUCCUCGCCCUCAGAAUUAUAUUCUCUCCCUACACAAGUAGAUUUUGAAUAUCUUACAACACUUUGAUUUGGCAGACCCGAUCGAAUCCACUCGCCGUUCAAGAUGCCUCGAAACAAACUCCCGUCCCCCAAAUUUCUUUCCGCCACCAUCAUCGAUUGGCCUCCUUGAUAACCAAAGCUCUUGCCUUGUCUUUGGUAAAAAAGUUGACAAGCUAGACUGCAAUUGCGUAAACGUAAAUCGGUCUAUCAGAAUAUACGAAAAUAAAAAUCAUAGACAAAUAAUUUUAAAGUUACGUUCAAACUCAUACUAGAUAGAGACUAAAUAAUAUGCGUAGAGAGCCGACUGCGAAUAAACUAUUAUAUUAAACCCUCUUAAAAAUUCACUAUAAAUACUCACACACACGACUAGAGUAAUUCACAAAUACAAACACAAGUUGAACUUACUUAAAAGGGAAAACGAUGACGCUUAUAAUUCUCCUUCUGCCGGCGAUAUUAUUGUUCGGUUGUGAUAAUGCGGCAGCUGCCGGCGGCGAUCCCACCGAUGGUUUCACGGAGGUGCCGUUGAAGCCGUCCAACUUCGUCCUCCAGAAACCGUACGACGUCCCUCUCGACCAGCGCUACAGCUUCAUCGACGGCGUUCACCGGAUGUGGGUCUACUCCGACGACAAGCCUUUCAGUCCCGGCAGCGAUACCCAGCCUCGUACUGAAAUCCGCAUCGCUGGGCUGGACUACUCGUCGGGAGUGUGGCAAUUCGAAGGACACGGUUACGUUCCUAAAGGAACGUCCGGAGCCACCGUGGCUCAGAUUCACGGUGCGAGCCACGGUGCCACCACGUUGAUUCUGAGGAUCUACGAGCCGGGGGAGAUGAGGUACUACGACACCCUCCACGUGGCUGGCGACCUGUACGACACGUGGUUCCGGCUGAACAUCGUCCAUGACGUUGACGGCGGCAUGGUGACGGUGUUCUUGAACGGCGAGCAGAAGUUCCAGCACCACGAUGAGGGUCCCGGCGAUUUGUACUUCAAGUGUGGGGUUUAUGCGGCUCCUGCUGACAUCAGCCAUUACAUGGAGUCCAGGUGGAGAGACAUCAAGAUUUAUAGAAAGUAAAGUAGACAAAUACGUGGACGUUGCCACGUUGGAUAGUACGUUCAUUGGAAUGUAUGUUUCACGUGCUGUAAAAUUUUUAUCCACGUCUGAUAAUAUUUUCUAUGUUAUUUAAUUUAUGUGCUUUAAUUUUAUUUUGCUAUUUCUGUAAUACAUGAUGGUAUUCUUAUAUAAUUUUACUCUAUGUUUUGUGAUUGCUAUGAUCACCUCAUACAAUAGAUUCUAUAAAAGAGCUAUCUAGAUAUGUUUACAAUCAAUAUUAAUUUGUAUGUGUUUAAUAAAUAAGUUAAAGACAUACAUCCUUUAGGUGUACACAAAUCUCUAAUCACAUGUCACAAUUUGAAGAACAUCAAUGUAUCAUGAUCUCAAACUCUAUAAGUCAAUGUUAUCUAUAUUAUCAUUCCUAAAUAAAACGCUAAUUAUUAAUAUUAUUAGUGCACGAUGAUAAUAAUAACAAUAAUUUUAAUAAUAAUAAAUAUUAUACUUAAAAUAAUAAUCAGUAAUUCCAUUUUGAUUAAUUUACUAACAGGAUGGAUCCUAUAUCACACUAUUUGAACGAAUUGGGAAACCGACAAUGAAAAAAAAAAAACUAAAGAAUACAAAAAUUAAUGUGAUUCACUAACAAUAUGUGUUAGCUACGUAUACGGACACGAGAGAGCAGUUUCACCAUACUUGAAAAGAUACAAAUUAUAGAGAUUGAGAAGCUAUAUAUAGCACUUUCUCCAGGUAGCCUGACUAGCCUAGUCCAAUCUAGAAAAUAAAAGAUUACAGACCCCAUAAUUUCUAGUCGAUGAUAUAUAAUCUAACAGCUUCAAAUCAUAGCAACACCCACCCCACAAUAAAGACUCCCCUUAUUUCCUCCCAUAGUCCAUAAAGAACUCUUUAAUUUUGACCCUCACAAGAUCAACCAAACCUCUCCUUUGCAAGCCCAGCCAGCAAUACCUACAUAAAAAAAAGACAAGUAACCCUUGGAUCUUUUGGAAGAUCUAAAACAGAAAUCACAGCAAAAAAAUGGAUAUAAUAUAAUACAACACAAGAAAGAAAAAGGAUGCGCAAUGAUCCCAAAUCACAGAAUCUCUGCAACUAGGCUGGCUAUUUGGUCCGGACUGUUUGGUGUUAGCCAAAACCGGAUCGUAUAACUCGGAUCGGAAUCGGACUGGGACCGGAUAGCAAACAAUUCAAUCUCAUAUUUGGGCUUAGAUUUGAGGUAAAAAACCCGGAUAAAGACCGGAUAAAAGACCCUCAACACCUAAAAUCAAGAUCAAAUUAGGACCGGACCGGAUCAAGACCGGACUGUAUCCAAUCCAAUCUUUGAUCCUUAUAUUCCCGAAAAGAUCGGAUCAAUUUGGUCCAAUUUAACCUGACCGGACCGUAUAGCCACCCCUAUUUGCAAGACUGCAACCCCUCUUUCUCCCCUCCUCCAUGUUUUUCUACUUUCCUUUUUACUAGUGGUGAAUAAUAAUAAAUACCCUUUGAACUU